ACCUAAUUUGUUUCUCUUCCUCCUCAAACUUCUCUCACUUUCUCCUCUUUCUUCCCUCUCCGCCGCAACAUCAGAGACAGAGAUCUGGCUCCAUCAGUAGCCGACGGCUGCCUCGGAGAGUCCCUUCCUCUCCAUUUGGUAUCGGGAUGUGCUCUAUUCCCUGCGUCACCGAGGUCGUGCUCCGCUCUUUCGUAGCCGGCUUCCCUCUCCCACGGCGACCCUUUCACUUCCGCUUCUUGCCUGUGAUUUUCACCUAUCUGAAACCAAGCAUCGGCAGCAAAAGCAACCCCAAUGGCCCGAUCUGGUCUCCUUCCACCGUCGCCACUGGAGACUUCGACUUCGGCAUCCUCGCCGACCUCUGCGAGGGUGGAGAGGGACGAGUCACGCCGUCACCACAUGUCACCGCGAAUCUGAGAUAGGGUGUCGCUGCCGUCGCCGCAGAUGACGACACGACACAGUUUCUGCCAUGAACUACAGGAGCAGAUCUGGAUUCCUCCUUGGUAAAAUGAUUAUGUUUUGUUUUUGUUUAAUUCAAAUUUUUUGUAUGCGUUUACUAAUCUGUGAUUUUCAUUUUGGUUGGUUUUCUGAGUAUAAAAGGCCAGCAAUGAG